UUUUAGUGCUUUUUGUUGUAUUUGUUGCUUCUACCAUCGUUUCGUUUGAAAACACGCUUUUUCUCAAUUUACCUGAAUUCAACAGACUGCCGUAGGAAGAACAACGAGUUAAGUGGUCAAUUGCUCCUCCAACCAACAGGAGUUCAGUGUCCAAAAGCUGCAUACCCGCGGAAUAACGCCAACCCACAGUCCAAUCAAGUGCCGCAAGGAAAACGCACGUGGGCCAGGAGAUGGAUGCGGAAAACGGCGAGGGGCAGGUGCAGGUGCAUCUGAAGACCAAGCAGGAGCACUAUGCCGUGCCGGAUGUGCCGUAUGCCAUCGAUGGAACCGUCACCACCGCGGAGCUGAACACAUUCGUGAACGCCUUGCUGAAACAGAAGGAUGGCUCCUCCUCCAGCGACACCGACUUUGAUUUCCUGGUGUUCGACGAGUACCUGCGCGGCCGUCUGUGCGAUCACCUGCGCGAGAAGGCCAUCAGCUUCGAGGACGCCAUCGAGAUCGAGUAUGUGGAGCGGUUCCCGGCGCCGGAGCCCCAGGAUUGUCUGCUCCACGACGACUGGGUGUCGGCGGUGAAGGCCAGCGGCAAGUGGAUUCUUAGCGGCUGCUAUGACAACACCCUGAACCUGUGGACCAACAAGGGCAAGCACAUCCUCACUAUUCCCGGCCACACGGCGCCCAUCAAGGCGGUGGACUGGAUUUCGCUGGACGAGGAGACCGGUCGCUUUGUGUCCACCUCGCAGGAUCAGACAGCCAUGCUGUGGCAGUGGAGCGUGGCCUCCAACUCGGUGGAGUGCGUCUCCGUGUGCAAGGGCCACGAGCGAGGCGUCGAUAGCGUCAGCGUGAGUCCGGAUGGCCAGCGAUUCGCCACAGGCGCGUGGGACACCAUGCUGAAGGUGUGGUCAGCGGAGGUGGACGAUGCCGUCGAGGGCACCUCCAAGCGGAUGAAGGAGAGCGGUGUGCGGACGCCCAAAAUGACGCUGCAGGGACAUCGGGAGAGUAUAUCCGCUGUGCAAUGGAUGGAUGCCAGCACUCUGCUCACUGGCAGCUGGGAUCACACGCUUAAGGUGUGGGAUCUGAGCCUCGAGGGCAUCAAGACCGAAAUAUCCACCAACAAGUCCAUCUUCGAUGCCAGCUACUCAAGGCUCAACCGCCUGAUACUGACGGCCUCGGCGGACAAAAAUCUGAGGCUCUACGAUGCCAGGACAAACCAGGGAUCUGUGGUGCGAAACACCUAUCUGGGACACAAUGCCUGGGUGCAAAGCGUCAUGUGGUCCAACACCGAGGAGUUCCUCUUCGUCUCCGGCGCUUAUGACAACCAGAACAAGUUGUGGGAUUGCAGAAGUCCCAAGGCCCCACUGUACGACCUCCUGGGCCACGGCGACAAGGUCCUGGACAUCGAUUGGUCGAAUCCCAAGUACAUCGUCUCCGGCGGCGCCGACAACACGGUGCGCGUAUUCAAAUCCCGUAAAGCGUUAACAGAAGAUAUGGAGACGAAGUAAUCCUACAUUUUGUAAACUUUUAUAAAUACAAGAUAGGUUUAAAGUAAA